AUGGAGUGCAAGGCUGAGGGAAGAGAAAAAUACCAACAUAGCUUGAAUUUACUGAAUAAAGUUAAGAACAUGAAAGAAUUAGCGGAAAUGAUUGACGUAGUACUCAUAGCAGAAGGGGAGAAAUUUCCUUGCCACAGGCUGGUCCUGGCUGCCUUCAGUCCGUAUUUCAAAGCCAUGUUCACCUGUGGACUACUCGAAUGUUCUCAAAGGGAAGUCAUACUUUAUGACACCACAGCGGAAAGCGUGUCGGUGAUCUUGAACUACAUGUACAAUGCGGCUUUGGAGAUCAGUAAUGCCAAUGUUCAGACGGUAGCGAUGGCUGCCUAUUUUAUGCAGAUGGAAGACAUCUUUAGUGUGUGUCAGAAAUACAUGAUGGACCACAUGGAUGCCUCGAACUGUGUAGGCAUCUAUUAUUUCGCAAAGCAGAUUGGAGCUGAAGAUUUAUCUGAUCAAUCGAAGAAAUAUUUAUAUCAGCACUUUGCCGAGGUGAGCUUACACGAAGAAAUAUUAGAAGUUGAAGCACACCAAUUUCUGACGCUCAUUAAGUCAGAUGACCUAAACAUAUCCAGGGAGGAGAGCAUUCUGGACUUGGUCCUCAGAUGGGUGAACCACGACCAAGAGUCACGCACAGAGCACCUUGUCGAGCUUCUGAAGCAAGUCAGGCUGGAGCUUAUAAAUCCUGCUUUCCUAAGACAAGCCCUGAAAAGGAACACGAUGCUUCUGUGCGACGCAGCUUGCAUUGACAUUAUUCAGAACGCGUUCAAAGCCAUCAAGACCCCCCGGCAGCAGUCCCUAAAUCUCCGCUACGGCAUGGAGACCACCAGUCUCUUGCUCUGCAUCGGCAACAAUUCUUCAGGAAUCAGGUCAAGACACAGGAACUACGGGGAUGCCAGUUUUUGUUAUGACCCCGCUUCACGGAAGACCUACUUCAUCUCGUCUCCCAAGUACGGAGAGGGCUUGGGGACCGUGUGUGCUGGCGUCGUCACAGAGAACAACACUAUAAUCGUGGCCGGAGAGGCAAGCGCCUCCAAGCUUUCUAGACAAAAGAGCAAGAAUGUGGAAAUCUACAGGUAUCACAACAGAGGAAACCAGUUUUGGGAGAAGCUGUGCACAGCUGAAUAUCGAGAGCUGUACGCUCUGGGCUGUGUUGGCAAUGAUCUCUAUGUCCUGGGGGGACAGAUGAAGGUUAAAAACCAGUAUCUCAUCACAAACUGUGUUGACAAGUACUGCGCAGAGCGGGACAGUUGGAGAAGAGUGUCUCCCCUCCCGCUGCAGCUGGCAUGCCACGCCGUAGUCACCGUGAAUAAUAGCCUUUACGCGAUCGGAGGCUGGACCCCUCAGGUGGAUCUUCCUGAUGAAGAACCGGACCGACUAAGCAACCGACUCCUGCGGUAUGACCCCAGCCAAGACCAGUGGACAGAGCGGGCGCCCAUGAAGUUCUCGAAGUACCGAUUCAGCACGGCCGUCGUCAACAGUGAGAUUUAUGUUUUGGGUGGGAUUGGCUGUGUAGGUCGAGACAAAGGCCAGGUUCGAAAGUGCCUCGAUGCGGUGGAGAUCUAUAACCCCGAUGGGGACUUCUGGAGAGAUGGCCCACCUAUGCCAAGCCCCCUGCUCUCCCUCCGAACCAAUUCUACCAGCGCAGGAGCAGUGAAUGGGAAGCUCUACGUCUGCGGAGGAUUCCACGGAGCAGAUCGACAUGAGGUUAUCUCCAAAGAAAUACUGGAGCUAGACCCAUGGGAAAACCAGUGGAAUGUUGUGGCCGUUGAUGUCCUCAUGCACGACAGUUACGAUGUCUGCCUGGUGGCCAGGAUGAACCCCCGAGACCUCAUCCCCCCGCCUUCAGAUCUGGUGCAAGAAGGCAGUGAGCACUGAAGUCGGUGUUUGCUGGAGGCUCCUGCUGUGUGUGCGCAGGAGCCGCUAGGAAUGGAGAGAGCCCACGGGCACCAGCCAGUCCCCCUGGACAUGUGUGUUGCAUGCAUAGUGGCCCGUGUGCAAAGCAGUGCGUGCUGGGUGCUGUGAUAGGGAGGGAGCAGAGUCCACGCUCAGGGAUGGGUGGUCGGCUCGGAUGGACAAGACGUUCCAAGGCCACGUGUGGCGAUGGCACGGAGGACACAGGUGAGCGCCGUAGGGACCCAGGAGGGAGGACAGCACUGCCGAGGAGCAGGCCUUUCACCAGGGCCUCGGAGGAUGAGGAGGCAGCAGGCCGGUGGGUGCAGCUGACGGGGCCCUCACAGCAACGGCUGAGCAGAGGCCCAGGGCUGGGCCAGGCUGCCGGGGCCACAGGCCCUGCCGCUGAGGCUGGAGAGGGAGGUGGCAGAGGAGUGACCGACGCCUGGACGACUCUGGUGGCAGAGUGAGUGGGCCUGGUCUCUGAGCAGGGGACGUGCCUCAGCACCCUGUCGUGUUAAAGGGGACGUCCCCCUCUGCUCUGUUCUGGUUUCGGUCCUACGAAGGCUUUCUAUUCUUGCGUACGAUAUGCUUCUACCGCAACAACAUCGCCCAAAACGGGGCUCGCGAUGGACCACAAGUUCCAACAGCCAAGGCCCUGAAGCCCGACCACAGUGAGCAGAGGGGAACCCCACCCUGGGCCAGGUCGGCGUCAGGGACGGGGGGGGGGGCGCCCUGCCGCCUGGUCCACUCACGCUGGCGCACAGUGUCCGGGACGAGCCUCACCAAGCUGCCCUUGGCCGGCUCUCAGGCGCACAUGACCUUCGGGACAUGGGCCCUGGCUGCAUGCACCUGGCGGAGGCCACCCAUAGACCAGGCUUCGGAGCGGAGGAGGCAGGAAGCAUGUGCUCUUGGCUCCCGGCCGCCUGCCCUCUUACUCAGCCUUUGCAACGUCUCCCCCGAGACUGGAAGGUAGGGAUGGAGCUGCCUGCCUCGGCCCACGUUGAGCAUAAUCAGCAAACAGGCGCUCCCAGAAUGUACUUGAGGGCUGACAUUUAAACGACGCAUGGGAAAUGCAUCUGUCUUGCUCGCCGUCCAUACUCCCGACAGCACAGUGGAUUCAGAGUGCAUCUCAGUAGCGGUUCUUCAAUAGCUUCAGGUUGUCCCCCAGCAGGCCAGACUCCGGGGGGACAGGGGCCGUGUCUGUCCCUUGCACCUCAAAACUGUGCUACUUGGAGCCCGCAGUGAGCAAAGUGUGCUUUCAGGCAGUGAGGCCCGUGCCCUUCCCUAGCGUUUAUGCAGAGGGUUCUAAGGAGACCUCCCACGUGCGUCCCAGUGAGCUGAUCCUUCUCCCUACUCUGUGGGGUCUUUUUCUUGCUGCAAAGGCAGAGCAGUUCCUGUGAGUGGGCUGGGCCGGCCGUGGCAGCCAUGGUCGCAGAGCCCCCCCCAGGUCUGCUUCCCCAGCUUCCUCUUAGCAGAACCACGGCGCCUGCUCCACACACACACCGGAAGCCGCCACGUUUGCCUGCAUCAAGGAGCCUUGUCGGCGCGUCACCAUCCAUCCUCUGGAGGCCCUGGGGUCAAGAUCUCGGCCCUGGCGCCAGCCUUGCUCCUUAGCCAGCUGUGUGGUCCUGGCCAACAUAACCCUUCCAAAGCCUUAUUUUCCCCAAAUGAAGAACGGGAAGAAAAAGUCUUUCCUAGGGUUGGUGUGAGGACUGAGUGAGAAAGUGCUGAGCACAGUCCCUGUUCGAUACCAAAACAACAAGCACCCUUCACCCGCCGUUCUUUCUAGUGGCACCGCCAUUGUAACCCGCGUUUCCCGAAGCCUGGCGCCCACAACAACCAGUCCCUGGGUGGGGGGACUCAUGAGGUUGGAGGGGAGCCGUGCACAUGUGUGAGGGGUUCCCAGCGCCCCAGCCCCAGGCCCUCCGCGGGGCGUGCAGAUACACACGCAAGCCUUCGCUUCAGCGUCUGUUUUAAGCCCAGGGUGCUUUUAGUCUGACUUUCGUAUUUGUCAUUAAACACGAGACGCCUCGGCCCUCCUGUUGGCGGAUUUUGCCGGAGACUCGGCUUUGAAUUCCUACCGCCCUUCCUUCCUCUCAGCUGAAGGCUGUCCCCGUAUCUCAGUGGAGGACUCCGGAAACCUUGACUCUUUGCCAGCUCUUCUCUUGUGGGACAGGAUUCCUGGACACUGAGCCGCGCAGAACAUAGCGGGGGGAACCUGGAUGCUGAGGCCCGUGAGAGACGGCCGCCGCCAGCUCGCUGCUGCCCGGUGUCCCCCAGAAAGUCCACUGUCCUCACUGAUCGACUUUAUGAUGAGCGAACACUUUAAAUUGGAACUUACAAAUAAAAACGUGCUAAUG